UUCACAGCAUUUCCGAGCUCAGCGUCCACAGCAGCCUGACGUGUGGGUGUGCGGGAGAUGAGGAGCAGACGCAUGCAUGUCGAAGAAUAUAUAUUUGAAAACAUGGGCUGCGCACCUCAUCCUCGGACUUUGAAAACAUGACGCAUGACGCGGACGUCGCAGCGGUUUCUCCAGAGCGCAGCGGUGGUCGGGCAUUUUAACGCAGCUCUCCAGCCUCUUGUUCCCCCUCCUGCUGGGAUCAGACAGCGUCACAUGCGGCUGAGACGCACUCAGAUAACAUGUCUAUGGAUGAGAACCGCAGCCUGCAUGAUCUGGACCAGCGCUGGAGACCAGCAUGCCCGCACCGGAGGACGUUUUUCUAACGAUUGCAAACCACAUCUCUUAAAUUUUGGUACUUGACAUCAAUUAUAAGCCUGCAGCCAUGGCUGAUGAGAGCAGCAGCGUGUCCCAGCAGAUAAGGAGUGUGGAGAGGAGCAUGGUGUUCCUCCGGCAGGAGCACCUCACUUUGCUCCACGGUCUCCACCUAGAGAUCCUCUCCCUGCAGAAACGAUGCUCAGAAUUGACGAGUGAGCUGAAGGUGGUUCCUUCAGGCAGAAGCCAAUUAGAGUUACAGGAGGAAGAGGAACUCCUGGAAGCCCACUGUCGCGAUGUGGAGAACCGGCUUGAAGAUCAGGAUUGCACCUUAGGAGAGCUGCGUAAAGAGCUGACUCACAAAGGGGCUUUGGUGGGAGCCCUCAGAGCCAAUCUCAAAGAAAAAGAGCGCCAUUUCCUGGAGGAGCUCAAACGCCGCAGCCACUGCUCGACCAUCCUCAACACAGAGCUGCAGAAACAAACAGAGGCAGCAGCGUACCUCUCCUUCCAGCUGCACGCUGCGAGGCAGAAACUGCACCACCAGCGGAUGCAGCAGAGGCAAGUGCUCCUCGCCAGGGCCAACAUUCAGGGGGCCCAGUACAGUGCUGAGCAGAACCCUGUUUCUCCACACAUGCCGUCAGGAGCCUCCCCUUCCUCCCCUGUGGUUAAACCGAAGCGUAAGAGCAGCAGGGCAUCUUCGAGGGUGGAGCGUGCCCGGGAGUGCGUUCCCAUAGAGAGAGUGACGGGCCCUGCAGAGCCCACAGCCAUGCCGGACCCUGCGCUCUUCCUUCACCCUCGAAGGCAAAGAGCUCGAUCCAGGCACACUGUGGCACAGAGACAGCCCCCACUCUGCAUGGAUGAGGAGGAAGGAGGUGGGGAGGGGCCAGUGGAGCCCCAAGAUGAAGCUGCCAGACUGAUGUCUUCAGCUACAGUGCCCCCUGCUGCUGAGACGAAGGCAGACUAGGAACUACAGUGACUUGUGCUUUUAACUGCAGUGUGAUCACUGUAUUAAUAUAAUGUCAGACUGUUAAUGCUGUUAACUGUUGUUCUGCACCUUGACUCAAUUGAUACAGAGACUGGGUUUAGCUAUUGAAUUAUAUUACACUUAUCAUAGAAAAUUUUUUAGAUGGACUUUGAUAUAACCUCAAUCAACAAAGAGAAACUCAGUGAGUAUCACUUCUUAAAUUAAAUCAGAUCUAUCUGUUUACACUGCUGCCACAUGCUCUGUAUACUGUGGGGCCUUAUUAUAAAGCAAUCCCUUUUAGAUUUACGGUGAGGGUGCGUUUGAAGAGGGCAGCAGCCAUUUUGGGUGGACUACGAGCCAGGCUGUGUGGCCCGACCAACUGUGACCUUUCAUGCCAACCAUAAAUCACUCCAUGUGGCCACAUGUUGAGAAUAGCUGAAGUAAGGGGCACGUCCUGUGUGAUGUCCUCCAUGUGAUCAUUUUAAGGAAGAUAUAUUUCACAUUUGGUUACAUUUUGAAUUUGUGAAGUUGAACACCACUCUGUUACCAUAUUGUUUCAUUGUGUUUUACAUUUUAUAUCUUAUUUACAGAAUAUAUAUUCUGAUUGGCCCUAAAACCCAACAACAGACGAAAGUGCUCCAGAAGACAGAAUUAACAGGCUGUUGCAUUUUAAAUUACAAGGGCACUUGGACAGCACAUAACUUCUCCAAGGUGCCCUCUCUCACCAUGCUUAAGAGAGUGAAAUAAUCGCCUGUUUAUCCAGAUCUCCAAAUUGUAAUGUGGAGCUUUGUCGGUUCAUGCCUCACCUAUCCACACAAUUCCAUGGGCUGGUAGGUGGAUAAAAAGUUCAGUUAGUUGUUGUGACUGUUGCCCAGUGCAUUCUUUCCCUCCAGGGCUGAACACACAGUAUGUAUUUAUGUUACUCAAAGUUACACACCAAGACAUUUGCAACUUCUCCUCUGUAGUGACUGUUUUGUAUAAAUAGACCACAAUUCAGGUUACAAUCAGUUGGCUUCAGGUGUGGUUUGUGUAAUAAACACACACACUACUACUUCUUCAGCUCAUUUGUGGUUGAGGUUGUUGGGGUGGUGGGUUUUUUUCACCUCAGGAAAAAUGGACAAACAGGAGCAUAACUGUAGGUCCAGUUCUGUUUUCAGCUGAAGGAUGGUCUGUACCUGCACUUUGUUCAUUUUCUGUUUCACACAAAUCCCCAAAGAUACUUUAAAAUACAAGACGGCCGGCUCAGCUGAACAUGAAUGGAGUGUACAUGAGUCCACUGUCAUGUGCACAUGGUUGCCCCAGGUGUAACAAUGAGCAAAUGGCAUCUUGGGAAAAGGAAGCAGUAGAAAGAAAAUCAAACUAACACUUUCAAUGACUGUAUUUAAUGCAGGACAUACUUUUCGUGUUAUCGCUUACAUGUAUGAGUGCUGAUUAUUAAUUCAAUGUUCUGAUGAAUACCCCACUGUAGCUGCUGCCUUACUAUAGAGGAGAAUUGAUGUUAGCAAAGCAGGACUGUGAACAAAAUAUGGAAACGUAUAUAUGACAUUUCUCUACUCAAGUAGUGUGUCCUUUUGUUUCUACUACACUUUUAUAAGAUGCUGUGGGGUUUGCAUAUAAAGGUUUUUCUUGAUUUGAACGUAUUUUAUCCGGUCAACACUUGAGCCAGGAUGUGACUGAACAUCAGUAACUCUGACACAAGCUAAUUCUGAAUUUAAUUGUGGUUAGUUGCUGUGAGGCUUUUCUUGCCUUCUACAGCUACUGGUUAGAAGUAUAGGAUCCUAUUUUAGUAGUAAAUGUUCAAUAAAGCAAUAUAUCAAUAUAUUUAUAUAUUAUUAGUAGGUUACAUCCACUGGAUUAAGUACACUUGAAGUGUUAAAAUAGAUUAUUAAGAUUGUUUAACUUUGUAUAUUGCAACUGUAUGUUUUGCUGAAUAUUUUUCUGAAUUGAUUUUUAAAAAGUUCUGUUGAUUUGUCACAUAAUUAAUUGUGUUACAGUUUACAGGAGGCAUGUAGGAAUCAAGGAUAUGCUGUGUGUAAAGCUGCUUUAAGCAAACGGGCAUAUGUAUGCAGCAUGAGACUGUCUGGAUGAAACAUUGACUUCUUUUUUAGCAAAAAUGCAAAUGUACCGAGGGUUUUCGUUCACCUCUGAGCUGGUAUCUAUUAGCAUAACUGUGCACUAUUCUUCCUUGAGUUUUAUGAGACAGUUUAGAGCUGUCUUCUUCAAAACUGUAUUUUUUCCCAAGAGACUGUUAGACCUCAUGACAUCAUCACUCCACUUGUCAUCCAAACGAAACGACAGGUAGAUUAAACUCUCCACCUUCGUGUACACUGAUUUCACAUUUCACACUUCAGUAUUAUGUAACAUCUCUGAUGAAUAAUCAAAAUAGUGGCUGCUGUAUAUGCACCCGAGCUGCAGUUUCUGCAAAUCUGAGACUGAUCAUUUGUUUGUCGGCUUUGAGGGAAAAAUGCUAAUGAGCCAAAUAGGCCCACCACCAAAAUGAACACAAAGACAAAUGGUGUGGUGUCUUUAUGAAGAUGUCUUUUCAUGAAUAUUUCAGCUAAAGGGAGUAAAUCUUCACUGCCUCAUUUUUUCCUAAUCUUUAGAGCAUGUCUAACUUCAUUACUCAAACACUACAAGAAAUGUGAUAAUUUACUCACGCCCACAGAGGACGUCUUCCAUCUUUCUAAAUGCCUAUAUCAUAACUCUAAUCCUCAUAAUAAAGAUGCAUCUCUGUCUCAUCCUGGUUGAGGUCAACAUUUUUAUUUUUAGGGUUAUGUUACAUGGGCUCUAGCAAUAAUGCUGUGUGGUACCCAAUGUUGGAAGCAGAGGUGCUGCUCUGGGUCUUUCUACGGUUUUUGGUCAUUGGGAGAGCACAAGCUACUGACUGGUUACCGCAUAUACUGUGUUAAGCUUCCUAUACUGAUCUACUGUACAUAUAAUUGGAAUAAAAUG